UUCGUUAUCGGAACAAAGCUCCAAAUCUCAGCCUAAGGAACAUUCACGUUUUAAUCUCUAUCUUUUCAACCAGUUAUCAUGGGGCUCGUUGACUAUUCAGAUUCGGACUCCGACGGAGAAGCCGCGACGAUACCCGAGCCAUCUACGCAGUCAUCCAUAGCAAGCGGAAGCAAGAAACCAGCAUUCCAGAAAGUCGUCGAUCGCUCAAAGCCAGGCAAGAUCCUAGUCAACCUACCAGGGAGCUCAUCAGGACAGGAUAGUAGCAACACCACAACGAACGGAGACGAGCCUCCUGCGAAACGAGCGCGGACAUCGAAGGGUGGAGCAUUUAGUGGUUUUAAUUCAUUUCUCCCGCCACCAAAGAAUGUCGGGAAAAAGCCAGCAGCUUCGACGGCCAGUGGUAGCGGCAGCAGUGGCGUUAAGGGAACGAAUGCGCCGCGACCAGGCGUCCAUCUGAAAACAGGAGCCGCGCCUGCUUUCAGUAGGAAUUCGGAUGAAGAGUUUGGCGAUGGUACUAAUGCAUACGAACAAUCGGCCCCUGGCGGCGAUGGUGGCAUGAGUUUGCCCGCCCCUAAGUCGCAGCAACCUACGAUACCGGCUGGGCAGAAGUCAGCAGAUGAGGUUGAGCUCGUGGGCAAACCUCUCAUGUUCAGACCUCUGUCCGUGGCGAGGAAGAAGCCAACCAAAAAACCCACUACGAAAUCUACAACUACCGCCACCACUACCUCAACAAGCGCCGCUGCCACCGCUUCUGCACCCGUAUCCAUGAAAUCCACAACCCCGAUCGAAACCGCAAAUGUUGAACCGCCUCCAAAGAAGAAAAUAUCGCUCUUCUCCAUAUCCGAUGAACCAACGGAAGAACCUAAACCGGCAGGCAAAAGCAACAGCGAGUACGAGCCCUUGAUCGAUACCGACGCGGCACUCGAGCCAUCCACAGCAAGCGCGUUCGCAGAAUACGACGCCCAAUAUAGUUCCUACGCCGCACCAUCACAAGCGACCACGGUAUCCAGCACAUCCGGCGACGCAUCGCACUCGCUAGACAACAUAGUAAACGACAUGAACCUCUCGGCAGCGGCGCGGCGCGAGCUAUUCGGGCGGCGAGGGGCUCCGAGCGCCGCAUCGGCCGCGACCAAGGUGAUCAACUUCGACACGGAGAGGGAGUACGCGCACAACGAGGUCCUGCGAGCGAGCGGCGAGCAGCAGACGCACAACCCCGUGCGCGCGAUCGCCCCGGGCAAGCACAACCUGCGCCAGCUCGUCAACCAGGUGCAGAGCCAGCGCGACGCGCUCGAGGAGAACUUCGCCAAGAACAAGGCGAAGCAGAGCGAGGCCGGGUCGCGUUAUGGAUGGCGCUGAUUUUGUGAAAAGUCUCACCACGUCCACUUCCAAUACAUACAUCAUAAAACACUAUCUAUCAUAUCAGCAUAGAGUUAGCUCUAUAGGCGUUCAUGGAAAUACGUUACGUUGCGGGGUCGCGAACUCUCACGG